GUGGCGCUGUUGGAUUGGCUCGUCGCCGCGUUGAUGCCAAGCCUGCCUCCAGUAGAGAGCGGUGCGUGGUUGGAUGUGAGCGCCACCGACCUGUCUCUACUUCCAGAUCGAAGAUGGCGGUCUCGGUGUUUCCCGGCGUGCGGCUCCUCUCCAUUGGAGACGCUAAUGGAGACAUACAGCGACAUUCAGAGCAGCAGCCAUUGCGGUUAGAAGUCAAAAGCACCCAGGAUGCUGCCCUCAUCAAUCUCUCCAAUGGAGAGGAGGCGAGUGUGUUCAAGUGUUCUGUUUCCAGGGAGACGGAGUGCAGCCGCGUGGGGAAGCAGUCAUUCAUCAUCACGCUGGGCUGCAACAGCGUCCUGCUGCAGUUCUCCUCACCUGCAGACUUUCAGUCCUUUUAUAACCUCCUGAAGAACAGUCGCGGACAUGUCAGCGAGCCCUCGGUCUUCAGUGACAGAACAGAGGACUCCUCUGCUGUACAGUACUUCCAGUUUUACGGCUACCUCUCCCAGCAACAGAACAUGAUGCAGGACUACGUUCGGACAGGGACUUACCAACGGGCUAUUCUCCAGAACCACACUGACUUUAAGGAUAAGGUGGUGCUGGAUGUUGGCUGUGGCUCGGGGAUCCUCUCUUUCUUUGCAGCCCAGGCUGGAGCCAGGAAGGUCUACGCUGUGGAGGCCAGCACCAUGGCACAGCACGCCGAGGUGCUGGUGAACAGUAACCGUUUAGGAGAGCGUGUGGUCGUCAUCCCAGGGAAGGUGGAGGAGGUGACGCUGCCUGAGCAGGUCGACAUCAUCAUCUCGGAGCCCAUGGGCUACAUGUUGUUCAACGAGCGCAUGCUGGAGAGCUACCUGCACGCCAAGAAGUUCCUCAAACCCAAUGGUAAAAUGUUCCCGACUAUCGGUGACGUCCACCUGGCCCCCUUCACAGACGAGCAGCUCUACAUGGAGCAGUUCACCAAGGCCAACUUCUGGUACCAGCCCUCCUUCCAUGGUGUAGACCUGUCUGCCCUGCGGGGAGCAGCAGUGGACGAGUAUUUCCGCCAGCCAAUCGUGGACACAUUUGAUAUCCGUAUUCUGAUGGCCAAGUCGGUCAAAUACACAGUCAACUUCCUGGAGGCCAAAGAAGAGGAUCUCUACAGGAUAGAGAUUCCCUUUAAGUUCCACAUGAUGCACUCGGGCCUGGUGCACGGCCUGGCGUUCUGGUUUGAUGUGGCGUUCAUUGGAUCAGUGAUUACAGUGUGGCUGUCCACAGCCCCCACAGAGCCUCUCACCCACUGGUACCAGGUGCGCUGUCUGCUCCAGUCGCCCCUCUUCACCAAGGCCGGGGACACGCUGUCCGGCACGGCCAUGCUGGUGGCCAACAAGAGACAAAGCUACGACAUCAGUAUUGUCGCCCAGGUAGACCAGACAGGAUCAAAGUCCAGCAACCUCCUGGACUUGAAGAACCCCUUUUUCAGGUACACAGGCACCACCCCCAACCCUCCUCCUGGCUCACACUACACCUCCCCGUCCGAGAGCAUGUGGAACACGGGGGCGGCCUACAGCAUGAGUCAGGGGAUGGCUGUAUCAGGGAUGCCUGCAGCUUAUGACCUCAGCACAGUCAUUGGCAGCGGCCCGACGGCGUCUCACAACAACCUCAUCCCCCUGGGUACGAAUUGCACUCCUCCCGACUUCUCAACAUCUCAUGUGAACACCGGAAUUGUAAACCACACCCACUCCAGGAUGGGCUCCAUCAUGAGUACAGGAAUUGUCCAGGGAGCCACCACAGGCCAGUCGGGUCCCAGCAGCAGCGGUACUUACUACCCCGUCACCAAUCAGUUCACCAUGGGGGGCGCUGCCAUCUCCAUGGCCUCGCCAAUGGUCAUCCCCAGCAACACCAUGCAUUACGGCAGUUAAGACCAAGACCUCACACAGACCUCUUCGGCUCCCGCCCCUGCAUGACAAGAGAUUUCAACCCCCCCCCCCACCUCUCCCAUUGGAGCCCCUCAGUGAGUCCCCCCCCCCCCCCUCCCCUUCAACCCUGACUGACGCAUCAACUGCAGCCAAAUCAAUUAUACCAAACCGGUGCUGUGCUGGCACCGCUCCUUUGUUCGUCCUCCCAUUCUACUCUGUUCAGUCAUCACGAUAUGACGGUGUUUGCUCUCACAUCCGUCCAGACUCUUGUCUUGCAAACAGACCCCCCGGAUCCGUUGGGACUUGAACGUGUGGUCGGCUGAGAUGCACAGCCGUUCUUGGUGUCCACUCUCCUUCAACAUGUAUUCCACUCCACUCUUCCCCGCCUUUCUGUUUAUAUUGAUAAUUGGCAUAAUGACUCCACCCCCCCCCCCCUCCCCUCCCCCAAAGCGGUUAUUCAAACCCUUUCUUCCCUUAAGAAUCACUUCGCCGCCAGAAACCAGCACCAGUCCGUUUCUACGAUUCUCCACACCUCUGUGACAGAUCUACACUGACGCUGUUCAUUUGUACAGUAGGACACUAUCAUCAUCAUCAUCAUCACCUUCUUCAAUACUCCUCUCUGGGCGGCCAUCUAGGCUUUUUAUAUCUGAUCCAAUCUUCAAGGCCCCGCCGCACUUCUCUCAAGAAGAGCGGACAUGUUUUCCCUGCUUAGUUUUUGGUUUUUAGGCAGAGGCAGAUAUACAUCGACAAACCUGAAGCCAUCUACCCCAAGGAGGAUGGAAAAUAUGCUUAUUUUGUGACUUGGACAAACGGACCUUCUAGUUCUGCUCAGUACCCACUGCAUGGUCCUCCUUAAGAGCAGUGGCGUCGAUGCAAAUGUCAGGUUUUGGGAGAAUGGCACACUGGUCACCGUCCAUGCUGAGUGAAGAGAUAAACAGGCCCGUCUACUCUAGAUUGUAGUUUCCAGUCCUCUCUGUUAAUACCUCGGCAUACACUACACUACACUGACUGACUGAAAGUAGGCUCCAUGUUAGCGUACAUCACAUCAAUUGAUAGUUGGCCUUAUGGGUACAUAAGGCCAUGAAUUGUUUUCUGUAUUUUCAAAGCUGCAUGAAUUAAUAUUGGUGAUGCUGAAAAUCCCCAUAAAAGCUGAAGGUGUUCACCCUACACACAGGCAUAUGAUCUCUUGUUGAAAUACCAAUAUUGAUUAGUGCUGCUUUUAAUAUGCUUGUACAUACCUGUGAUGUGGUUAGCCUAGCCUUGCUCAAAGGCUAGAAGCAAAGCAAAACUACUCCACUGUCGUUAUACAAACUUGAAAUACACACCCGUCUUUAAUAGGUCAAAACUCCUAAUUGGACAUUUUCAAAGCAGUGUGACGGAGGACUUGUUUUACUAACACACAGCGUCUCCUCAUAGUGGAGCGUAGCACCGUCCAAAGUGAACAAAAACCCAGCUGACACUUUUUUAUCUUCUCUGACAACCAAUUAAUAAAAGGAGUUUUUGGAAGGUGUAUCUUGUCUGAUUUUCGACAGAGCUAGGCGGACGUUUUGUCAUGCCAUCAAUCUUAGCACCGACAUGUAUCUCUGUACCACUCAAAUCCAAUGAAUGGGUCUCAUCAUUCGCCUGUGGGUUGGAUGAACAAACACGUUUCCUAUAACGCUGGAUGGGUUAGAGCUGCUACAGGUUCUAAUCUCAAUUUUGAGGCAGGGUUAUGGCCGUAUUACAAUCAUCUCUAAAGGUAAAACGUGCAGCCAAUACCUGUCUGUAUUCCAAGAACACACUGUCUUUCCUUUAAAAGCUGGGUACCAAAUUUAAUACUUUUUAGACACUGACCAAAUUUCCUCUUAAGUAUUGAGUAUCAAAAAAUGCCUCGUCAUUCAUACCCCAUUUCUGUUCCUAAGGUGUAAACGUCAGCAUCAGUGAGCCAAUGAGCACGCACCAUGCUUCUACCAAGAUCUAACAGUGCUGCUGAUUGGCUGUCUUAACGUUAGCCGUCGUAGAGACAUACAGGAAAAACUUAACAGUACACAGACAAAAACAAAAUAAGAGAUUUGUGCUGUAACAUGUCUUUUUUUUGUUUCUUAAAAUUGGUAUCAAAAAUGUAACGUUUAGGAACCAGUAUCUAAAACGAUACCCAGCCUCGUUCUUGUUGCCUUUAAGUUGUACACACAAACGCAGACAGUAGCAGAGGGGAGGGGGGGGGGUGAGAUCCGACAUGUAAGGUGACCAAUGUGACAGUCUCCCAAAACCUUGGUGUCUGCAACUGUAAGCCUGCUACAUCGGCCCAUAUUUUCCUUGAACACCUUGAAGUUUUUUUGUUGUUUUUUUAGCUGAGAGGACAUAUCGUCGUUCGUUGAGCCCAAUUACUCCAGCACAGUUGGAGGAGGAAGAUUCUGCGAAUGAACCAGUAAGGACCUAUGACCCAGCUGGUUGCCUGAAGGAGAAACUCUGUGCUGGAUCGGCAGCACCCUAGUUUACAUCCUCGCUUUUAUGUCCCCCCACCCCCGAUUCCUCUCCUUGACCUCCGUUUUUUUUUCUUCAAACUGUGAGACUGUCUCAAAGAGACUUCGAUGUCGAGGCGUGGAAGACUGGACCCCGCCCCCCCCUUCUUGUCUGUUCACUAUGUGUGAUCUGCAACAUAUCAUGCCCCGACACCUUCGUCCCCCUUUUAUCAGUCACGGAGAGAAGGACUGACACGUGUAUGCAUUGCUUCCAGUGUCACGACCAUUGGACUCUGUUCGUUUGUAAUUUACGAGUUAGCGAGUUUUAAGAGAGCUGAGGAAGAAGAAGGAAAAAAAGUCUCUUUGUAGGAUUAACCUUUUAUUUGUUAUCUUUAUUUUGUUUUUUUCCUUUACAAAAAAAACGACAAACGAUGAAAAAAAGUGAGCAAAUUAAAUGUGGUGGAGAUGUUCCAAAAACCAUCCUG